AUGGGGAAGAAGGCGUUUUCUUGCAGAACUUGCGGGAAAGAGUUCAGUAAAAGUUGUAAUUUAAUGGAUCACAUGAAGAUCCACACUGGCGAAAGGCCGUACCUGUGCAACACCUGCGACAAAACCUUUACUAGAUUACCAGAUCUUAAACGGCACAUAACCAAGCACACGGGCGAGAAGCCCUACAUCUGCAAAACAUGUGGAAAAAAGUUCAGUAAAAGUAGUAUUUUAAUGGAUCACAUGAAGAUCCACACUGGCGAAAGGCCGUACAUGUGCAACACCUGCGGAAAAUCGUUUAGAAAAUUAUCAACAAUCGAGAAGCAUAAAAUGAUCCACAUGGGCGAGAAGCUCUAUGUCUGCAAAACAUGUGGAAAAAGUUACAGGCAAAAUUCCAGCCUGGUGAUUCACUCGAGGACCCACACCGGCGAAAGGCCAUACCUGUGCAACACCUGCGGCAAAACUUUUACUUCAUUAUCACAUCUUAAACGCCACAUAACCACGCACACGAGCCAGAAGCCUUACAUCUGCAAAACAUGUGGAAAAAGUUACACAGAACGUUCCGGCCUGCUGGUUCACUCGAGGAUCCACACUGGCGAAAAGCCGUACCUGUGCAACACCUGCGGCAACGCCUUUACUCAAUCAUCACUUCUUAAACGCCACAUAACCACGCACACGGGCGAGAAGCCCUACAUCUGCAAAACAUGUGGAAAAAGUUACAGGCUACGUUCCACCCUGGUGGUUCACUCGAGGACCCACACCGGCGAAAAGCCGUACCUGUGCAACACCUGCGGAAAAACCUUUACUGAAUCAUCAACUCUUAAACGGCACAUAACCACGCACAUGGGCGAGAAGCUAUAUUUGUGCAAGACGUGCAACAAAGGUUUUAGCUGCAGAAUUCAUUUGCUGAGUCACAUGAAAAAUCACCCGGAGGAGAAGUCUGGUGACUCGUGACAUAUGAAGUUCAUGUUGUCGUCCUCCCGGGGCAGCUGUCCACUCCUGUCUGACCCACAGAAGAAGAACCCGCAGAAGUCCAACCACCACCUCCUGUGGCUGAUGAGCCUAAUCCCCUCCCCACAAGGGUUGCAGGUUCAACCUGGAUUUAUGCUU